AGCGGCGUUGAAUAAUCACAGUUGUCUUGAUGUAGUUACUCGAAUCAAGUGAGCAGCAGUUAGGGUUAUUAGUUCUGACAAUUCAUCUCGGUAAGAGAAAAGACAAGAUUAUUCUUUAGGAGUUGGUUUUUAACCCGUUCGCCCGGGCGAAUCGAAUUCGUUUUUGUUGUCGAUCGCGCGAUCGGAAAUGAAUUCUGUUUGGAAGAACACAAGAAUAAGCUUACUGAUGAUAAGUUUUGUCUUCCUGGCAAAGUUUUCAAGUGUUCAGACCCAGAGUUUGACACCAAACUUCAUAGUAAAACCAAAGAAUAUAACAGCUGAGUUAUAUUCCAGAGCAGUUAUAACGUGCACUGCAACUGGCACACCGAGACCCACUGUGAAGUGGGUGAGAUACACUGGCAGUGGAGAGACUGUGAUUAGACAUGGUUUCAGACAUGUUAUUAUCGCUCCAAAACUCUAUAUCUACCCCUUACUAUGGUCAGAUGCUGGAAAAUAUGGCUGUGUAGCCCAGAAUAUACAUGGAAGAGCUGAAGCUAAUUUUUACAUUAGCAUAGUAACAGUUAGUGCACCCAUUUGGAAAAACAAGCCACAAAAUGUGACAUUGUAUAAAGGCCAAGAAUACACCUUGCCAUGUGAUGCAAUUGGAUACCCUGAGCCAGGAUGCUCUUGGUCACACAAUGGACAUCUUGUGGUUUCCUCUAAUCCUGUAGCUAUAGGAAAGAAUUUAGUGUUUUCCCCUGCAAAGUAUUCCCACACUGGAUGGUACACAUGUACAGCAUCUAAUUUCAAUGGAACUAUUACUUCUUCACUCUAUGUUGAAGUGGUCUCAGAUCCAUCAAUUGUUAUGCAACCGGAGGAUGUCCCAACGGCUAUCGGAGGGAUUGUAGCAUUAUCUUGUGGUGUUGUUGGCAGUAGCACGUCAUUCUCGGUCAAAUGGACUCGGAAUGGCAGUGAUUUAAGGGAGGACAGCUCAUUCUCCUUAACAAACACAACAUGGCACAAUGUUAAGAUAUUUAAAUUGAAAAUUGUUGGAGUUCAACGUCGUCAUAUGGGGAGAUAUCCUUGUAUAGUGACUAAUUCCCAAGGAUUUGUAAAAAGCAAGAAAGCCAGAGUUCAUUUUUCUAGUUCUAUCAUCCCUUUGAAAGUCGAAGUAUCAAGACCAGCAGUAGUUGCUGAAGUUGGGUCUGAUGUUGAGUUGAAGUGCCUCUUUAGUGGAAGCCCAAUACCAGAAGUAAUUUGGUACAAAGAUGGAAGGAAAGUCACAGAUGUUGGAUUUCAAUUUAUCCGAGGUGUAGGAACAAGAUUUGAAGCUAUUCUAGAAUUAAGGAGUGUCACAAGAUCAGUUUCAGGUCAUUUUGUUUGCUCAAUAAGUGGUGUGGCAGAAACAGCAGAGGGGAGCAUAACAUUGUUUGUUGGAGAUGGAAGAGUACCUGAGGUCAAAUCAUUGCAAAUGUAUAAAGAGACCAGGAAGGAUUCAAACAUCACUCUACAAUUCUUCAUAAUGAGUGAAGCUGAACCAGAUGUCACAUGGUACAAAGAUGGAAAUCAGCUAGAAGAUCCUGGAACCAUUCAGCUACAUGCUAAUGGCACAUACAGGGUCAAACUUCGGAUGACUUUGGUGCAAUACAGUCAAACUGGGGUUUACACCUGUAGUGCUCAAAACCACUUUGGAACUAGUUCAGCAAAUAUAACUUUGGCUGUCAAAGGAGUUCCUGAAGCACCCUCUAAUGUCACAGUCAAACAAACAUCUUUCCAAACUGUGCUGGUAUCAUGGCACCCUGGACAUAACGGUGGAGCUGAGUCCAACUUCACUGUAAGGUACAAGAUCAAUGGCUCAGCUGUGUGGACAAGUUCUGAUCAAAUAUUCGGAAAUGUGACAAGUACCGUGUUGAAUAAGGAAGAGAGUUGGAGCGGUGUAUUCUUCUUCAGUGUGCUAGCUGUCAAUCAGUUUGGAUCCAGUGAAUCCAGUGAAGUUUCAGUAAACUUUAAAGGGGAAGAAAGCGGUCCGCAAGAGCGUAAAGACGAAGGUUCAUCAACAGGCGCCAUAUUGGGUGGAGUCAUUGGAGGGGUGUGUGGUGUACUUUUGGUUAUAGCGGUGGUGCUGAUCAUGUGCCGUAAAAACAAGAAGAAGAAAGGACCUGCUCAGCCUCUCCCAGCUGUUCACUACACUGUGGUGGGAGACGAGCCAUACACAUACGCGGAUCCCAACGGAGGCCCAGCUCCUUCAGCUCAGAGGUGUGACACAUAUUCCUAUGUUUCCAUCAGACCUGAUGCGGCAGCCGCUAUGGCUGCUGGUAGUGAGUAUGCAUCCAUACCUCGACCAAAGCAGUGGGAGGUACCCAAAAGGAACGUAAGCCUUGAUAAGAAACUGGGUUCAGGUCACUUUGGACAAGUCAUGAAGGGUUAUUUAAAGACGAAACAAGGCAUUCAAGUUGUGGCUGUUAAGAUGCUUAAAGAAAAUGCUGACCAGCAGCAGAGGAAAGAGUUUCUAGAUGAGCUGGAGCUUAUGAAACCUAUGGCUUCUCAUCCGAACAUUGUUGGUUUGGUUGGUUGUUGCACUAAAUCAGAUAAGCCUUUCAUUAUUGUUGAGUACUGCUCCUUGGGGAAUUUGAAAGAUUUCCUUAUUUCCAGUCAUGGAAGCGUUGUUUACGCCAACAUGGCGGGUAAUAGUAUGUCUUUGACGAGUCGUGACCUGAUGUCAUUUGCUUGGCAAGUUGCUCGUGGAAUGAGUUACCUUGCAAGUAUGAAGCUUGUUCACAGGGACUUAGCUGCUAGGAACAUUCUGGUCGAUAAAGGACAUAUUUGUAAGAUUGCUGAUUUUGGUUUGGCCAGAGAUAUUUACGAGAAGAAACAAUACCUCAAAUUAGGAGAGGGAGAAUUACCUCUUCGCUGGAUGGCGUUAGAGUCAAUAUUUCAGGGAAUCACAACCACAAAGAGUGACGUUUGGUCAUAUGGUAUACUUCUGUGGGAGAUUGUCACUCUAGGUGCUAAUCCUUACCCUGGUAUGAACAGAGAUCAAGUCAUCGGUCAACUGCAUAUUGGUUACAGGAUGCCCAAACCUCAGUACUGUUCUGAUGAAGUAUAUGCCAUCAUGUGGCAGUGCUGGCAGCAAGAGCCAGAGGCCAGACCAACUUUCCUGGAAAUCGGAAAAACUCUACACAGACUAAUGACUGCGGAAAGGAUCUCGAUUGAUUUGAACAACUUCGACGCAAGUUACAUCAACGCCACUGAAGAGCUAUAACAGAUUUGUGUGACCUGACACGAAGAACUUGGCUUUUCGCGAUGGCACUUACAGAAACCGUUGUAUACUUUUUUUAACUAAUUAUUUAUGACGUGCUCGGUAAAUAACACUGCAGCGUCUUUCUUAAUAAAAAUGCUUUAGGAUUAACUGGGAAGGUUUCCUGUUUGCUCUCACUGUCUCCGUGCUACUCCAAACACAGUGAAUUAGACUGGAAGCAGUGAUGUUUUUUCUACGUUCGUUGUCAGAGCAGUAGUUUUUUGUCAUGGUACUAUAGAUUCACCUAGAGGAACUAGUCGCAAAGUUAAGAUUCUGUGACCUUGUUGGGCGAGACAGAAUAUCAGCCAAAUUUGGCCUCUAUUUAUCAGUUUGUGUAAAUGAAACAACAGUGAAAAGGUUACUGAAAAGCAUGUCCAGCAUAAUGUACGCGAGGAGAUUAGUUAAAGUAUAGUAAUUUGUAGCGCACUGACACCAUUUUUAAGGAAGUGAAAAGAAAUGUAAGAUAGUUUUACGCGCUUUGUAAUAAAUUUUUAGAAGUGCAGCGCAGGAAUUUUUAAGCAGAUUAAAUCCUGUUUGUAGAUGAAACAUGCGCUAUUAAAAAUACAAAAAUCACUCAA